UUAUGUAAGUUGAGUCACAGAUGUCAGUACGAUAUAUUACUGUGGAGUUGUGGUUCACUUUUGCGAUUAUUUACUGGAUAUAAUUUUCGAGAAAAAUGGGUAAUUUUAUCGCCACUCAUUUCACGAAAACUGACGUGAUGCCGGUUCCCGAGGGACCACCGACGUUCGAUCCGAUGCUUGGAUUUCCAGAGGGUCGAAGAGUCAGGGAGCUACCAGUAUCAGAAGAGGACAUGAUAGCCGCAAAGAUCCCACUCGAUAAACGUGAUUUCUGUGCUCACAAGUAUAUGGAUCUUCUAUACUGCAUGAGACGUCACUAUCCUUUCAUGUUGAAGUGUGCUCACGAGAGACACGAAUAUUUCCGAUGCGAAGCUGAAGAUACCACCCUAAGAUUGAAAGAAUACGAGAGGGAACGUCGUCUCCUUGAGAGAAAGAAGAGAAUACAACAGAAACAACAAGCAAUAGCUGCUUGAAAGUUUACUUGUAUAGAACUUCAAUAAAUCGGCUUUUGUCGUGGUAAUUUAGGAUACAUAUAUGAUAAUGGAAUAAUCGCUUCAACUGUAUUGUAUAUAAAUGCGAUAUGAAUAAAUGCGAUAUAAAUGCGAUAUUAAUAAAUUGUACAGCAAAAAAUAGAA